ACUGACAGGAUGUUGAACGAGGAGAAAUCCGCGGACGACGCCUUAAGGCAACAAUUCAAAGAGAAGUGGACAAGGACCCCCUCUGACAAAUUAACCGGUACAUUCAUUUCCAACGCGGCCAAAUACAGGCAGAUCAUUAACAACGCUGUCCAAGCCGAUAAGGUUGUCCGUGACAAGUUCGAGACCCACAAGUACUUCAUGGAACUGCUGAGCGCCGGUCCCGGUUCCAUAGAGGCAGCUCUGCCCAGCGGAACUUCCGGAAAUGUGGCCGAUAGUUCGUCUGCGGCUACUUUGAGACAACUUAUGGAGGAAGUUGAAACGGUGAAAGCGGAGAGGGAAGCGAUCGAGUCCGAGUUGAAAAGCGCCACCACCGACAUGAAGGAUAAGUUCCUCUCGGCUUUGGCUAAGGACGGGGCUAUAAACGAACCGGCUAUUUCUUUUGAAAUUUUAGGUCAGACGUACGGUUCCUUGCAGAAACAAGUCUCUGAGAGUAUUGAGAAGCAGACUUUGCUGAUUAACAGAAUUAAGGAUUCUCAUACUCAGUUCAUGUCUGAGACCGGAUCGACGACUGGCGGAAGAGAAAAGAUGUUGAGCCAGCUCGCUUCCGCCCACGAUAUUUUCAGAGACCUCCAGAAUAACUUGAAGGAGGGCACAAAGUUCUACAAUGAUCUAACUCAAAUGCUGGUCACCUUCCAAAAUAAAGUGACGGACUUCUGCUUCGCCAGAAAAACCGAGAAGGAGGAGCUGCUCAAAGACCUCACGCAAGCGUCCAGCAGGUCGGGUCCGGCUCCAACUCCUACCACCCCCAGCUAUUACGGUACAGAGCCAAAGAGGGAGGCGCCCGCAGCGCCAACCCCGUCUACACCUUCUGUCCCGAAUCCCACUGCGCAAGUACCGACAACACUGCCUUAUCCAGUAUAUGUGCAGGGGAUGCCCGUGCCAUUUGGAGCUUCCAGCAGCGCUCCGUACCCAGCGUACGCUCCUCCGCCGAUGCCGCAGGGUUACAACCCGUACGGUACUAUGCCUUACCCAA